AUGAUUAAUCGACAUCAACUCAGAUAUACUUACCUUUUCUUCUGGCUGUUUAUUAUCGAAAUUCAAGCUGGUGUCCUCGAUGACGCUAUAAUUAUAAAAAAUGCCAACACGACACCAAUCUUUUUUCGCUGGUCACAAGGAUUUGGAGUGAAUGGUCGACAAAUUCGUUGUGCUACAGAUCAAUCAUCAGAAGACCCGUUUGGUCGUUUUCCUGAAGCUUACCCGGAAAGGAAAGGUUUCAGCAAUUCUUCGCUAUUCAUGUACAAUCCACAAACUCGUCGCGUACGUCUGGUCGGCAAUGGUCAUUGUCUCGUGGUAAAUCAAAUAUCAUAUCAUGAUGACGCUAGUAAAGAGUAUCCUGCAAAUCGAAUCUUAAAAUCAGUUGAUUGCAAACAAACAGCAGCGAAUGAGUCAACAAGCAGUCUUAUUUGGGGUAGUGAAUUUCGUUUCGUUUCCGACAAUAAUAACAGGAGCAAUAUGGCACUCCGCUUUAUUUCACCAACAGAUGGACAUGAAUGGACUAUCUACAAUAAAGGUUAUAUGUUCAUUGUGGCCGAUAUCAUUCAGCAACGAGUAGAUGAUUUGAUAGAGCCUUGGUUAGAGAUCGUUAAUAAUUACAUGUCCCAUGACUAA